AUGAGAUAUCAACCCCUCUAUGGUAAUGGCGUGCAGGAAGUCGACCAAAAACCAAAGAGGGCGGAGAUACACAAAAAGCUUGCCUUUGAUGACAUCUGGGCUGCAAAUUUAGCUGUACCAGAGCCCAUUGAAGCAUGCGUACACAGCCUGAUCAAGCGGGUUGUUUGGGAAUUCUCCUCCUCUCCAGCCAUCCGCUCAUGGGAUGGCGACUUGACAUACCAACAACUCGACCAGGUAUCCACAAAGUUGGCUCACCAACUGAUCGGCGUGGGCGUGAAGCCACGGACAAAUAUUGCUUUAUGUUUUGAGAAAACAUGGCUGACGCCAGUGGUCAUUGUGGCCUUAAUGAAGGCCGGGGCUGCCUCAAUCGCCUUGGAUAUAAGCCAACCACGGGAGCGGCUUCGAGCCAUCACAGCCCAGAUUUCCCCUUCCUUCAUACUCUCAUCAUCAGCAAACGAGGAGCUGGCAAGGGAGCUCGGAAUGGCUGAGGUGGUGGUGGUGGAUAGGAAGAUGCUCUCCGAAGAGACGAUAAUAGCUCGCUCACUACCGACAGUGAGUCCCUCGGACGACCUCUGCGUGUUCUUAAGCCCCGACGGAAGUGCUGGAGUGGUUGUCACCCACCGAGAGUUCAGCAGCACAAUCACUUACCAGCAAGAAACCCUUGGACUCAACCACAAUUCCCGAGUCGUUGACUUGGAGUCGCACGCCAGCCGGGUAGGGUGGUAUAGUUUGCUCGUACUGACGUGCGGUGGAUGUCUCUGCAUUCCUUCUCUGAGCGGACUUAGAGACAACAUAGAAAGUUCCAUCAUCGCAUUGCAAGCAGACUCUGUACUCCUUUCCCCGGACGUUGGGCGGACAACGCCGGAAUAUGCGAAGAUUUCGCAUUUGGUCCGGCCGAGACAUGUUGCCGAUGUGGUUCCACCGUCAGACGCAACCCUGAAGCAUCAGUUUGGAACGGAUGAUGGAGACACAGUAAAUGUACACACGGUAAAUGUACACACCUCAAAAAGUUACACGGAAAAUCAAUACACAGAAAAUGGUAACACGGAAAACGGUCACACGGAAAACGGAUACACACAAAACGGUCACACGGAAAACGGAUACACAGAAAAUGGUCACACGGAAUUUGUCCACACAGAAGACGGGUAUACACCAUAUGAAAGCACGAGAAAUGGGUAUUCAACAAAUGAUCACGAGAAAAAGAAAGGCGAAACUUACAUCGAAGAGGGACCUGAUGCGGUGUUGACCGUGAAACCACAACUAAAUCAGGGGUUAGAACGUGACAACAACGGAGGCUGUCUGCCGCACAAACAAGAUGAGCCACCAACCUUUGUCCAUGCCAAGGAGCAGGUCGAGAUUUAUGGAAACCAUGUCGAGAUUCACCAAGAUCCGAUCGGAUCCGUCCGCACAACCCAAGACAGGACCGAGCUCAGCCAUGCUGACUCUUACAAACCUGCGAUCACCCCUUUUUCAUUGCUGGGUUUGCGUUCAUCCGAUGAUCGAGAACAAGUAUGCUCUCAUGCUGCCUGGCUUUGCCAUAUCCAGGCGUCUCAGGUGCUUGAUAUCAUGCCCUGUACGCCAUUGCAACAAGGACUUCUGGCUCUUACAGCUCAGCAGCCUGGGACAUAUGUGGCGAAUUAUGUAUUUGAAGUCGGGCAAGACAUAGACACCAAGACUCUUUGCGGGGCCUGGGAUCGGGUUGUAGCUGCAAACGCAAUCCUACGAACGCGAAUUGUCAGCCUUCCAGGCACCGGCGUCGUCCAGGUUGUCAUAGACGAGGGAGUAUCGUGGACAAUUAGCACUGAGCUCGAUAGUAUUCAGGGGGAUCAGACAAGCAAUGGACCCACUAUAGGUCUAGGUACUCCCCUGACGAAAUUCGCUAUAAUAGAAAAAGCUGCAGGCAGGCCGAGCCAAUUCAUAUGGGAGAUUCAUCACUCCUUGUAUGAUGGAUUCUCCAUGCCACUUCUGAUGAGAGAGGCUGAACUUGCCUACUUCAAUAAACCCAGUCAAGGUCUGCAGCCAAUGACGGCGUUUAUAAAAUAUAUCUUAGAACAGGACAAAGCAGUUGCGAAGAUUUUCUGGCAAAAAAUGUUUGCAGGUACACAAGGCUCGCACUUUCCUCCUCCAAAAGCAGUCCAUCAUCCGCGAUUGGAGCGCCAGAUUAGUUUGAGAAUCCCUGGUCUUGACUGGGGACACAGUGACUUCACACCUGCGACGCUAAUCCGAGCCGCAUGGUCUGUGAUUGCUGCAAAUGGCGCUGGCGGAGAUGAGGCACUUUUUGGUGCGACUGUUACAGGCCGCCAGGCACCUGUACCUGGCAUCGAGCUUAUGGCAGGGCCAACGAUUGCCACUGUCCCAAUAAGAGUCGUACUGGACCGAGACGCAACCAUAAACCAACUACUUGGCUCGGUGCAGUGUCAGGCAGUGGAUAUGAUUGCGUUUGAGCAAACCGGCUUACAGAAUAUCGCACAAUUCAACGAUGAAACUGCUUUGGGUUCUAACUUUCAGACUCUCCUUGUAAUUCAGCCAGCCGACCAAGGCGAAGGCGAAGGUGAUCCUGGCAGGCCAUUCCUGGACGAGCCUGUUGGUGACUAUAAUAAAACACAGGGUCGAGAUUUUAGCACUUACUCUAUCAUUAUCGAAUUCCAGUUGGAGUUAGAUGGGGUCAAUUUAUGUAUUGACUUUGAUUCGAGCGUGAUAGGACAGCAGCAGAUAGAGAAUAUUGCCCAAAGCUUCAAAUAUACGAUCAUUCAGCUAUCUGAUGGUAGCCAAGGCAACCAGACGCUCAGGGGGCUUCAUGAUGAUCAGUGGAGCCUUAACCGUAUAUGGACGUGGAAUGCGGUGGUACCAAAACCGAUAGAGGCGUGCAUACACGACUUGGUCUCGGAAAAAGUUCGCGAGAACCCGUCUGCUCUAGCAGUUAACGCGUGGGACGGCAACCUGACUUACAGGGAGCUAGAAGAUCUAUCGACGAACCUAGCCUAUCACCUAUCAGAAGAAGGGGUAUCGGGGACCAUAGUCCCGCUUCUCUUCGAGAAAUCGAUGUUCAUGCCCGUUGCGGCGCUCGCUGUUAUGAAAGCCGGCGGCGCAUGUAUGGCAAUGGACAUUAAACAGCCACUGGAAAGACUGUCUGCCAUAGCUGCGCAGGUAAAUUCGGCGGUCAUUCUAUCAUCGCGGAUGAAUGAAUCUCUAGCUAUCCAGAUCAGUGCUGGUAUUAAAGAGGUGGUAGUCGUCGGGGCCAAUCAGUCACACCCAGCGCCCUUUAGUUUGCCGCCCGUCAGUCCGUCGGGUAUUCUUUACGUCGUUCUCACCUCGGGCACGACUGGAACGCCGAAGGGUGUUCUUAUCACCCACAGAAACUUCUGCAGCGCUAUCACCUAUCAACAAAAGAUCUUAGGGUGCUCUAAUACUUCCCGCGUGCUUGAUCUUGCGUCGUAUGCUUUCGACGUAGCCUGGUCUAAUAUAUUGCACACUCUCACCGCUGGCGGAACACUUUGCAUCCCAAUGCAAAGUGAACUCGGAAAUAAUUUACCUCGUUGUCUAGAGAAAUAUAACAUUACAUACGCAGACAUGACCCCCUCCGUAGCACGAAUUGUUAGCCGGGCAGCACUCUCAAAGCUCAAUACACUUAUUUUAGGUGGCGAGACAGUUCUUCCUAGCGAUGCGUACUUAGCUGGCGAAAAUACAAAGGUUUUUAAUGCAUAUGGCCCAUCCGAAUGCACUCCAACCGCAACAUUAGGAGACGCGACAGCGGAUUGUAUUGGUCAUGGAGCUGGGGUUUGUAUAUGGGUCGUUGAACCUGACAACCCAGAGUCGUUGGCGCCCAUUGGAUCUAUUGGCGAGUUAUAUUUGGAAGGGCCGUUGGUCGGCGAGGGAUAUCUUAAUGACCCCGGGAAAACAGCUGCUGCUUUUGUUGAAGACCCAGCGUGGCUACUCCGUGGCGUUCCCGGACGACUUGACCAGACCGGCCGUCACGGACGGCUUUAUCGCACGGGUGACUUAGUAAAAUAUAAGGAAAAUGGAUCACUUGUCAUUCUUGGUCGAAAAGAUACACAAGUAAAAAUUAGGGGUCAGCGUGUCGAGCUUGGAGAGGUUGAACAGCACGUCCUCGAUGCGGUACUCCCUCUUCUUUUAGUCGAGGGUAGUAAUGAGGACGAUAUCCAGGUUAUUGCAGAGACUAUUCAGCCAGAGGGGGCUAAUAAUGCAAUACUCCUAGCGUUUAUCAGCCUUGGAAAUGCAGAGGAAAGGAAUAUGACGGAGGAGUCGCAUUCUACUGCCAUCCGACAGGUAACAGAUGCGCUCACGGAUCGCCUAAUGGAGAUGGUACCAAUAUACAUGGUGCCCACAGCAUUUGUUCCAAUCUACAAGCUACCUAUUAUGACUUCAGGUAAGACAGAUCGACGGCAGCUUCGAGCUGUUGGAGAAUCUGUAUACUUGCAGUACAUAAAGGAUUCCAGCAUGAAUGACCCAGCGGAAUCACUGAGUGAUCUAGAAACCAUCCUCCAACAAGUAUGGAUGUCUGUUCUUGGCGUAUCAUCUCAGGAGGCUUCUGUCAAUAAACCAUUCACGAGGUUAGGAGGCGAUUCAAUUUCAGCCAUGCAGGCCGUAUCCCAAGGUCGGCUUCACAAUAUCACUUUCACGGUUGGCGAUCUCCUUAAAGCGAAGACUAUUCGAAAUCUGGCAGCUUUGUGUCGAGUUGUCUCGCAAUAUGAUCUUGAAGAUGAGCAAGAGGAUGAGACUGACGGGGAGUCGUUUGAGAUUUCGCCAAUUCAGCAAAUGUUCUUCGAUGCCUACCCCAAUGGCCUUAACCACUUCAAUCAGAGCUUUAUCCUAGAGCUCCAAAGACCAGUAGAAACAAUUGCUCUCAAGAGCGCAUUGGAAACACUUAUUAGACGCCACCCACUGCUUCGUGCACGAUAUAGUAAAAGCUCUGAUAGCGGCCGUUGGACGCAAGUUAUACCAAAGGAGGCUGAUGCGCAAUCAUUUGCUUUUGUUGAGCACUUUGUAGCUCACCAUGACGAGAUUGAUAAACCCGGACAAUUGCGACAGGAAUCCUUCGAUAUCGAACGGGGCCCUCUAUUUGCCAUCGACCUUUUCAAUAUUCCGGAUAACAACCAAAUAAUCAUACUCUCAGCCCACCAUCUAGUCAUUGACCUAGUAUCGUGGCGCAUAAUAUGGAAUGACAUCGAGGAAUAUAUCACACAUGGAACGCUUCUUUCUCAGCCAACAACCUCAUUCCGAACCUGGUGUAGACGCCAGGCAAAUAUAGGCCGCAAUUUGUCGCCACUAGCAGUGCUUCCGUAUCCAAUUCCGAAGCCACAACUUGAGUUUUGGGGGUUACCGCUAUCCGAAAACACGUAUGAUAAUGUGGAAAUGCACUCUAAGUUAUUUGAUCUUGAUGUCUCGGAUGGACUUUUUGGCGGCAGUAAUACGAGCCUCAAAACCGAGCCUGUCGAUAUCAUCAUCGGUUCGAUGCUUUACUCGUUCCUCCAAACCUUUCCCGAGCGUGAUCCUCCCGUUUUGUGGAUUGAGGGCCACGGAAGAGACCAGAGUGAUGACUUACCUUUCGAUGUGUCAAGCACGGUCGGGUGGUUUACUACCAUCUAUCCACUUUUGGUGCGUCUUGGACGCGAUAGCUCUGUAAUCGAUGCCAUACGUAUUGCCAAAGACAACCGGCAAAAGAUUCCAGGUAAAGGGCAGCCUUAUUUUGCAUGCCGAUACCAUAGCGAAUCGGGUCGCGAGGUGUUCCAUGGUCAUGAUGUUGUGGAGUUGCUCUUCAACUACACGGGCAGAUACCAACAACUCGAAGCCGAAGAUGGCCUGUUUGGGGUUCCUGGCUAUUUAUUCAAGGCAGACACUGGUAUUUCAGAAAUCUCGAAAUUAGCAACUCGACCUUCCAUGAUUGAAAUCGAUGCCAAUGUGGAUGAAGGCAUGUUUCUGAUUUCAUUCAACGUUCACAGAAAGCUCAAACAUCAGGAUCGAAUUCACGAGUGGAUCGAAACAUUUUCCGACACCUUGAGAUCCGUAACCGAAGAUCUGAUGCGUUCUGCCCAGAGCUUUACUCUGGCCGAUCUCCCUCUCCUUUCCCUAUCAUACAGCGGGUUAGACACACUGUUGACAGAACAGCUCCCAAGUAUGGGGAUUAGGACGGAUGCUGUUGCGGACAUAUAUCCAUGCUCGCCGCUACAGGAAGGUGUCUUGUUAAGCUCCCAGAAAGAAAUAUCCACUUAUGCGACCUUUUCCGUAUGGGAGUGCGUGCCUACUGACACUACCUCUGCCGUCUCCCCUUCACGACUGGAAGCGGCUUGGAGGACGGUUGUAAGCCGGCAUACCAUUUUACAAUCGGUAUUCAGUCUUCAUCCUGAGGAUAAUGCGUUCAUCCAAAUUGUCAUUCCAGAGUCGCACAUUCGCGUGACACAAAUGACGGUAGACGAUAACCCAUCAGAAGCCUUGAACCGUCUUGAAAAGCCAAAAUUCGCCGCUAACGAGCCUGAACAUGCUUUCACGAUCUGUCAAUCGCAAUCAGGCGAAGUGUCCUGCAGACUAGAUGCCAAUCACACCCUUGUCGACGCGGCUAGCAUGUCGAUUAUUGUUGGUGAUUUCAUCGCCAUAUAUGAUAACUAUGUCUUGCCGCCAGCCCCGGCCUUCCGUGACAUGAUACGAUACAUAAGCAGCACCCCAAGUACCCAGAGGAUUGCAUCUUGGACAAAGCUAUUGAAUGGUGUUGAGCCCUGUGAAUUUCCGGUUCUUCAAGCUCCUCCAGAAUCGGAAGGUGAGGGUCACUCUAUCCCCAUCCCCGUAGAUGUAACUUUUGGUAUUGCAGGCUUUUGCAAAACGCUGGGCAUUACACGGUCUGUCUUCCUUCAGGUCGCAUGGGCCAUGACCCUGUCGCAAUUUACUGGGAAAUUCGAGGCCUGUUUCGGCUAUCUCGCUUCUGGGAGAGAUUCAGCAGUGGAUUCUGUUGAGACCAUGGUUGGUCCUCUUGCUAAUCUACUCAUCGGUCGCGUUGACUUGCGGGCACCGGCGAGACGGGUCCUAGAAAGAACCAUGGGGAAAUCCAUAGAGCAUCUGAAUAUUCAACACACCUCCUUAGCCGAAAUUCAACAUCAGCUCGGCCUCUCUGGGCGAAGGUUGUUUAAUACUUCCCUGUCUAUACAUGCUUCCAACAAAGCCAAGGCGGGUCCUGAGAGGCAAAAGGGCCUUUCAUUCAAGUCCCACAACGGCGAAGAUUCACACGAGUAUGACUUGACCCUCCACGCCAGUAUUGAAGAAGAUGUCAUAAAAAGUGCGAUUGAAUUCCGAGCGCCAUAUGUCAGCCUGAAUGCGGCACAAGAAACAGCCGCUAUCUUUAUCAAGGCAAUCCAAUACCUCUUGAAUAUCAACAUUGACGACACAAGUUUUCCUAACUCGGAGCAGUCCCUUGUCAGUAGCUUUUUCAAACAUAACGUCGGCACAGAGGAACAAUUGACAAGGACGUUCUGGCAGACUCACUUUGAUAAUAUCCAAGGGUCUCAUUUUCCACCAAUGAAGACGGCCACAUACAGAUCCUGGCCUGAUAGGGAAAUAAGGCAAAGUGCACAAAGUCUAAAUUGGGCAAACCGCUGUGGGUUUGAGGUAUCCACAAUAUUAAGGGCUUCAUGGUCAAUAUUGGCAACCCGAAUUCUUGGCUCCAAUGAGGCCCUUUUCGGAGUGACCGACAAGGACGAUAAGAUAGUUGUACCGAUCCGAAUACUGUUGAAACCCGAUGAUAGUGUUGCCGAGUUUCUCCAAGAAGUUCAGCGUCAAGCUUAUGAGAUUGCUCCAUUUGAGAGGACUGGUCUUCGAAGAAUCCGCUUAAUGAGUGACGAAGCGUCCUUAGGCUGCGAUAUCCAGAUGCUCCUGCACGUGGUUGAUCACUCGUCCAGAGUGGCAGGGCACCAGCCUGGACCUAUCGGCGAGACAAAAGACAGCUGGCAGGAUAGUCUUGAUUCCUGUGCUUUCAUAAUCGAGACUCAGGUGCAAGAAAACAGGACGGACAUGUGCAUUAAAUUCGACUCCAGCGUUAUUGGGGAGCUACAAGUCACUCGAAUCAUCAACCAGUUCGAGCACAUUCUUCACCAGUUGCUCAGCUUGGACAUGCGAGAGCAUAAGAUCCGGACCUUGGCUGUGGCUAGUCCUCGUGACGUCUGUGAUAUAUGGACCUGGAAUGCCACAGUGCCGGCGCCGGUUAAGGCAUGUGUUCAUCAUUGGAUUAUCCAGCGAGCUCGUGAGCAGCCUUUGGCUCCGGCCAUUAGUGCAUGGGAUGGCGAUUUAACAUACGGACAAUUACUCGAAUUAUCAACAAACUUAUCUUAUGAACUCGUUAAGAUGGGCGUGGGACACGGCACCAUUGUGCCUCUUUGCUUUGAGAAAUCGAUGUGGAUGCCAGUGGCCGCGCUUGCUGUGAUACAGGCUGGUGCUGCGGCAGUCGCAUUGGAUCCUACAUCCCAGCCGGAGGAGCGAAUGCGCACCAUUACCACGCAUGUCAAAGCAACGGUCAUUUUAUCGUCGGUUGAAAAUAGCGAACUGGCCCGCCGCCUAGGAAUAAACGAAGUAGUGGUCGUGGGACGAGAUCAGCUUUCAAAUCAAACCAACUCCCAAAGCGACGAAACUCAUGGGCCUCUGCCUGAGCGAUAUCUCGGAUUGCCAAGUGUUGACCCGUCCCAGUUACUAUGUGUUAUAUUUACUUCGGGUAGCACCGGGGUCCCGAAGGGCGUCAAGCUCCUGCACAAGAACUACUCAAGUGCCAUUGCCUAUCAACGGGAUACACUGGGGUAUAUUAAGGGCGCUCGUGUCUUGGAUUUUUCUUCGUACGCUUUUGAUGUUGUUUGGGCUAACCUACUAAAUACACUGACAGCAGGGGGGUGCCUUUGUAUUCCAUCCUCGGAUGAACGGCAGGAAAACUUGUCCGAGUGUUUUGUCAAGUACAAUAUCACAAUGGUAGACCUACCACCUUCGUUGGCCCGUCACACAACCGGCCUCUCCAACUUAAAUACCCUUGUGUUGGGGGGCGAAGCAGUCCUCCCCACCGACGCAUACUUAGCUGGUGACAAGACCCGAGUUGUAAAUGCUUAUGGCCCCGCAGAGUGUACUCCAUCUGCAGCAAUAUUGGACCUGUCAGCGGCCAGUGAGGUUGGACUCGGCCGUGGAGUUGGAGUUUGUACAUGGGUUGUUGAACCAGAUAACCCGGAUAUCUUGGCAUCAAUUGGGACGGUGGGCGAGCUCUGGAUCGAGGGUCCCACAGUUGGUGACGGGUAUCUCGAUGACCCUCUCAGGACUGCUGUGUCCUUUGUCCAAGACCCGGCAUGGCUUCUGCGUGGCGUUCCCGGGGGUCGUCCCGGACGCCGUGGUCGAGUUUACCGAACCGGAGACCUUGUGCGGUAUAGAGAUGACGGAAGCUUACUCUUUAUUGGACGCAAAGAUACACAGGUCAAGAUUCGUGGUCAGCGAGUUGAGUUAGAGGAGGUGGAGCAUCAUUUGCGACAAGUCCUGGCUAGCAAAGCGGCUGACAUUCAGGUUUUCGCUGAGCCCAUCCAACCACGCGGAACUGAGAACAAAAUGCUCGCAGCUUUUGUUUCUGUAGAUGGCGCUGGCGAAGAACAUGAUUCCAAGGUCAAACGAGUAUCGAUCGGGGUUAAUGACCAUCUAUCAGAGGUGCUACCUUUGUUCAUGAUUCCAACGGUUUAUAUUCCUCUCCAAAACAUUCCCAGGUCUAUUACGGGGAAGGUAGACCGAAGACAACUUCGCGAGAUUGGGUCAUCGCUAACUGCAAAGGAUAUUGCAAUGUUGUGUCGAUUAGACGGUGAGCGGCGGGCUCCAGAAACAGACAUGGAGCGGCUCAUCCAAAGGCUUUGGGCAGAAGUCCUCCAAAUUGAGCUUGACAGCAUCAGCAUCGAUGACAGCUUCAUCCGUAUGGGCGGUGAUUCUAUUGGGGCAAUACGUCUCGUCAGCGUAGCACGCCAGAACGGUAUUUCCCUAACGAUUCGAGACGUCUUCCAGAAUCCAAUUCUCCGUGACCUCGCAACAGUAUGCGCCCAAGUGCCUGCUGGAUCGGCCAUUGGCAAAUAG